CCCGCCCCUUCUUCCAGUGAGGUCAGCGCUGCUGCCGUGAGUCUGUGCGAGAGGCAGCUGGAAGCCUAACCUGUAUAUCACAGCCACACUUACAUUUGUGAAUAGAAAUAAUAUUCGCAAAGGGCUGAACGUUGUGGAGUACCAUGUCAGACACGGAGACCAAACCUUCAGGUGACGGAGGAGAGAAGAAGGACGGAGAGUAUAUUAAACUGAAAGUGAUUGGUCAGGACAACAGUGAAAUUCACUUUAAAGUGAAGAUGACGACGCAUUUAAAGAAGCUUAAGGAAUCAUACAGUCAGAGACAGGGUGUCCCCAUGAACUCUCUAAGGUUUCUUUUUGAAGGACAGAGAAUCACAGACAACCAGACCCCCAAAGAGCUGGGAAUGGAGGACGAGGAUGUUAUCGAGGUGUACCAGGAACAGACCGGCGGCUUUUGGAACGACUAGACCUUUACUUCAACUCUCUUCUCUUUAAAUCUUAAUUUUGUAUGUAUGACGUUUAUUUCUUCUGUUUCCUUUUGUGCUUCUCUCAGAGGGAAAUGGAAAAACCAUCUGGAUCAAAGCGAUACUCCGCUAGGGCUGCUGCAAGUGAGAGAGAGAGAGAGAGAGAGAGGGGAAAAAAAAAAAAAAAAAACACGAGAUAAGGAAAGAGGAAUAAACAACCUAUUCCUCUUCCCAAACCUCUCUCUCAUUCUCUCUCUGUUUUUUUUCUUUCUCUGUCCCUCCCUCGUACACUUCGACUCUGGAUAUGUGCUGUGUUGCGAUGACUUAAUAGAACUUGUUGCGUUUUUGCCCCAGAACCUCAGAGUAAAUUCUCAUAUUUCCCCAUUAGUUCAGAUGUUGAACUGCAGAGCAUGUGGCUCAUUUCUUUCACUGACGUUGUACUGCUUCACUGGGAUUCACUUGUCCAGAACAGAGUGAGAGAGCACUCACGGGGUGUACUACAUCUACUCUGUUGUUACAAUUGAAAGCAGCUUUCGAUUUCUGUAUUGAUACGAUGCUGACCCCAUUCAUGUCGAUAGGCCUAUUACACUUUUAUAGCCACAUUCAUAUAGCAACAAUGUGUGGUUGUAGCUUUUGAUACAGUGCUAGGAUUAGGGGGGUUUUACAUGUAAUUGUUAUCUGAUACUAGAAAGUGUGAAGUAUGCUUUCCCUGUAUACUGAUAAGAACUGUGUUGAGAUUUCCACACUGUGAGCUGCAGAAGGGAAACCCUUAUGUUGUAACGUGUGAUCAGUGGUUUCAGUUGCAUGUGUUUGUCUGUUUUAUGUUAAAGGAUUUUGUAUGUGUUUAUCCCCUUGUUGAAAUUAUUGAAAAAUUUUAAAUAUCUGUCCUAUUCAGCCACAGUUACAGAAUGCAGAAGGCAGCAAGCCCUGUUUAGUUGAGGAGUUCCCUGCCACUGACUUGAGAGCUUGUUUAACAGUGUAAGAAUGAUCUCUGCAAUGAUCAGCGCUCAGGGGCAAUGCUUAUUAACACAAAAUAAAUACAGUGAUUGCACACAAUCAAUGUUACUGCACAUUUAGUUGUUUUUAACUGAAUUAUCUCUCCAGUGUUAGAUCUAGUCAAUGCCAAUUCCCAGUCUUUCUGAAUCUUCCUCUGUUGUAUGGCAUCUGGCAGCUUAAAGGUAAGACAUGCUUUCUCCAAGAAGUGAAGCUGGCCUCUGCUUUUUUGCCGCUGCUCACACAACAUCGUAGGGCGGCUAAACACACUUGGAGGAGAGCACUGAUUGCCUACUGCUGUUUAUGUGCCUACCCAUGAUUGGUUGGUUAUAGAGAGGACUAAGGCACCCGUCCCACUGAGAGAGCUGCAGGUCUGGUUGCACUCUCUUAGAUUGACGGCUGUGGUGUUUUCAGGAUUCAGUCUUGGUUGCGCCACUCAGGAGCCAGCUUUUUUUUCUUUUUCUUCAUUUAUGUUAAACGGGGAGGGAAUUUUGGUCCAGAUGGUUUGUGGACAUAGAAAGAUUAUUAUUUUUCUUUUGUCUUGUUUUUUAAAUAAAAUGUGUCAAAAUAAUGUA